ACCACACACAUUCAUUUUAAGAGUGGGCCACCUCUCCGUCCCAAGAUGGCCGCCGUGUGAGGACGCCGUGCCGUAGACUCUAAUCUGUUUUCUAGUUUGUAUAUUUAUGUCUAUGCUCCCAACAUCAACACGGAUGUUUUGAUUCGACAGCCGCRCCUCAUUCCCAGGACCACCGUCAGCCAUGUUGGCAUCUGCAGGCUUCGUGUUGGUGAUUUUAGCCGCAGUCUUGUUGUCAGGAGACUCCAGAUUUAUUGCUGAACCCCUGACGCUGGAUGUGUGUCCAGAAUGCAGACAGAUCAUCCAGCUGUCAGCCAACAUGAUUUUCAGCAGUGAUGCUAAAGUCACUGUAUUUAAAACCUUGCACGCUUUGUGUCAGAGGCUUCCCAAAGAGCAGGCUUCAGAAUGUGAGUCACAGGUGAAAACAUACCUGCCAAAAUUCCUGCGGCAAUCACCUGACCAACAGAAACCAGAUGAGAUCUGUGAAAUUUUCACACUCUGUGCCUCCCAUAAGAUGAGCGAGCUGCAGAAACUUCACCAUGUCACCAACGUUGAUGUGCCCGGUGCUGCGUUUAGUUCUGCGUCUAAGAACAAAGAGUCUUUAAAUCCAAUUUGCCCCUUGUGUCUGAUGGUUAUCAAGAAGCUGGAAUCGCUGCUGCCUAAAAACAUGACUGAGGAGGCUUUAAUGAAGCUCAUGGGAGAAGUCUGUGACCUGAUACCUAAAAGCUACAAAGAGGAAUGCGAUGAUUUUGUCGACAAAUACGGCACGGAGAUCGUUGAAUUCCUUUUAUCGUCGGCUGCGCCUCACACCAUCUGUACCCUUCUGCACCUGUGCUUGUUUGAGACCCGGCCAGUUCCAGAUGUGCGUCCACCAUCAGACUGUGAGUCGUGUCAAACGCUGGCUGCGCUGAGCCGCCUGUACCUGGGCCUCAACACCACCGAGCCUCAGACCUCAGCUUUCCUCCGAUCUGUGUGCCUCAAUCAUCCAAAAGCCGUGCCCAAGUGCGAGGCUUUCACCAGAAUCUAUGGCUUACAGCUGCAGAGGGUUUUGGGAAACCAAAUGGACGUUCCACAUGUUUGUGAAAGAGCUGAUUUGUGUGUUUCAUCGAAGCAGCUGGAGCCAUUGGGAAAGAAUCCCUGUACUUGGGGGCCGAGCUACUGGUGCAAAGACCUGGAAACUGCCCAAAAGUGCGGCAAUCAAGUCUUCUGUGAGAAACACAUUUGGAAGAAAUAAAAUCCUGCAAAGCUCAACAAUGUGAUCUUAUUGGUGCACUGAUCCAUGGUAAAAUAUUUGAUAAAUGUAAGGCACUAAUCAAUCUUUUUGUGUUGGGAGAAAUCACCCAUUAACCAUCGUAUUCCAGCUAAUAAAGCAUAAAUGUUCAUAAAUAUUCAUUUUGCAUGAGAUUUAAUCUGCAACAUCAAUCCCUGAUGGUUUUCUUUAGUGCACAAUAACAAUGUGAAUAUUGAUAUUAUGAAUGUGAAAACAAAAAAGCAAAACGUCCAAGAGUCAGCCCUGAGAGGAACUGAGUGUUUAUUACAGGCACUUUAAAUUACUGUUUUUUUUUUUUUUCUGCAUUGUUCUAGUUUUAUGUGUAAUAAUAUGCUGUUAUUGCAAAUGAUCAUUUCAAAAUAAAAUUUUGAUUGAA